AUGGGCUGGGGACUCUGGAUCGACCCGCUACGAUACAUACGCGUCGAGGUGCCUCCAGAGGACAUCGUUCCCUACCUGGGCCCUGGGCGAUUCACCUUAGCAGGUCAGCUGUUCUGGAUGGUACUGGAGCAUGCCGAGUCGGAUUGCAAUCACGUGCAUCAUCUCACAACCGUCGAAGAGUGCAAUCAGAGCCCGCGGCUCCGUCGUAGGAUGGGUCACUCAAGCGCACUUCAGGGGAUAACUUACAGCUUCUUGAAGGCAAUGGUCGAAGCCCGGCUGGAGUACCGGAAGCUUGGCUACAUUUCCGCCGAGUACGCCAGUGCAGCGGAGUAUGGAACUCCUGCGAUGUUGAAGCGUAUGGUAUUGGACGAUUACGCUUCGCAGGGAAAGGACUCCAGUGUCUGGCUUCCGGCUACAACUGUGGAGCAACGUGCGAGAUCAUUACUCGGCGCAGCUUCCAUUGCCCGGCUUGAAGCUGCUGCCAUGAGCGCGGAUGAUACGGUGGUUCACAAAACACUCAGGGCGUCUAUGUCAAAGCUUGUGGAGAACUACAUUUGCUUUGGUGACGGACCUCGAUGGAACAUCGAAUUAGUGGACCAGACAUUUUCAGAAUGGCGCAUCACAGUCGGGUCAUGA